AUGCUGGUGAAGCUCGCAUCGCUAUCCGCGACGGUGACGACCACGGCGGCGGUCCAUGGUGGGGUGGUGGCCAUGGGGAUCACGGAAAUGGCGGUCAUGGAGAUGGUGGGCACGGUGGCGGUAGUCCCCCCAGCAGAGACCUCUCCCCCGCCUGUUGAGACUUCCACCCACACUGUUCCCCCAAUCGUGACGCCGACUACUCCGCCUGUUGAGAGUUCCACCCCGGGCGAGACCGACACACCUACUAUUCCCCCGGUUGUAACACCUACUACGCCCCCGGUUGUGACACCUACCUCGACCCCAUGUGAAACCGAUACCACGACUCCACCUGUCGAGACGGACACGCCUACUGUUCCCCCAGUCGUGACGCCUAGUACUCCUCCGGUUGUGACACCUACUACUCCGCCUGUCGAGAGCUCCACCCCGUGUGAAACCGACACGCCUACUACGCCCCCGGUUGUGACGCCUACCUCCACUCCAUGCGAGACUGACACUCCCACUUCUCCCCCUCCCGCGAGCUCGACUCCUUGUGAGACCGAUACUCCCACCGAUACUCCCACUUCUCCUCCUCCCCCGAGCUCAACUCCCUGCGAGACCGACACUCCCACUUCUCCUCCCCUGCGAGCUCGACUCCUUGUGAGACCGAUACUCCCACCGAUACUCCAACUUCUCCUCCUCCCCCGAGCUCAACUCCCUGCGAGACCGAUACUCCAACUUCUCCUCCCCCGAGCUCAACUCCCUGCGAGACCGACACUCCCACUUCUUCUCCCCCUGCGAGCUCGACUCCUUGUGAGACCGAUACUCCCCACCGACACUCCCACUUCUCCUCCUCCCCCGAGCUCCACCCCGUGCGAGACCUACACGCCUACUACGCCCCCUCCUACUAGCACUACGCCUAGCGAGACCAAAACUCCCACCGCGUCCCCUCCCACUUCUACCACUCCUUGCGAGACUGAGACCCCCACUGGCACUCCUCCUCCAGUUACCGUGACCACCACAUAUACCACUACCACCUGCCCGGUGACUUGGAGUACUAUCACAAGCGGCACAUCAACCUACACCCGCCCUGUGACCCAGACCAGCACGAUCACCGUGACGUCGGUUUCCACCUGCACUGAGGGUUGCAUUCAGCCGCCCACAGCCACUCCCACUAAGGCCACUAUCCCCCCUGUUGUUUCUACAACUUCUGUGGUGGUGCCUCCUCCGGAUACCAAGCCCACUAUUCCAGCUACUGAGCCUACUGCCCCCGCACAGUCAAGACCCGUCACUUCUUCCACCUCCGCUCCCCCUGCUUCCUCCUCACCUGCUUUCAACAGUGCUCCAGUUCUCCAGAAAUCUGCUGUGGCCUUCAUCCCUGGUCUUGCUCUCCUGUUUGCUCUGCUUUAA